UGCCAACAGAGGUCGUUGGCAUACCAAACAGAAAAUCCAAUUCUUCUUACGUUUUACUUUAUUCACGUUUUACCGCCACAUGGUCUAUAUUUGCUGAUUAUUUUCCACUCCAUAAAUAGAAAUUCCAUAAAAAAAGCGUAAGUUCUAGAGCAUACUUCCCUAAGUUCAUUAUGAAGUACAUCCUGAUAACUGGUGGAGUGAUUAGCGGAGUUGGCAAGGGAGUUAUCUCAAGUUCUUUUGGAGCAAUCUUGAAAUGCUGCGGAAUCGAGGUAACAUCGAUAAAAAUUGACCCCUACAUUAAUUUGGACGCAGGGACAUUUUCACCAUACGAACAUGGUGAAGUAUAUGUCUUGGAUGAUGGUGGUGAAGUAGAUCUAGAUCUAGGAAAUUAUGAAAGGUUCCUAAAUAUCACCCUACAUAAACAAAAUAACAUCACCACAGGAAAGAUCUAUCAAACAGUUAUUGAUAGAGAAAGACAUGGUGAUUACCUAGGUAAAACAGUACAAGUUGUACCUCAUAUAACAGAUGCAAUACAAGAAUGGGUUGAAAGAGUAGCUCAAAAACCAGUAUCAGUAUCUGGUAAAAAGCCUGAAGUAUGCAUUAUUGAACUAGGUGGUAUUGUGGGUGAUAUCGAAAGUAUGGCUUUUGUUGAAGCCUUUAGACAGUUUCAGUUCAGGGUAAAAAGGGAGAACUUCUGUGUAGCACAUGUAUCACUUGUUCCUCAGCCAAAAACCACGGGUGAGCACAAAACAAAACCAACACAGCAGUCAGUGAGAGAACUCAGAGGUUUAGGCCUGUCUCCAGAUAUAAUAGUUUGCAGAUCAGAAAGCCCUGUAGGUGAUAGUGUUAAGGAGAAAAUUUCAAAUUUCUGCCAUGUUGCUCCACAGCAGAUCAUCAGCAUACCCGACCUGCACUCCGUCUAUGAAGUACCGGUGUUCAUGGAGAACCACGGCAUGGCAGAGUACCUGAGCAAUAGACUGCAGCUCAACAUCAUUCCGCUGCCACCUAUGCGCAAAUACAUGAAGUCGUGGAUCGAACUCGGAGAGCGCAUGAAACAUCUGAAGUACGAAGUGACGGUGGGCAUUGUAGGGAAGUAUACAAGAUUGGAGGAUUCGUACACGUCGAUAAAAAAGGCGUUGAAUCAUGCUGGGAAUGAAAUUGGGUGCAGGGUGAACAUCAAGUUUAUAGAGGCGUCGAAUUUGGAGGCGACCAUGCUGUUGGAUGAUCCGGUGGCGUAUCAUAGCGCGUGGCAUAACUUGUGCGUUUGCGAUUGCGUCGUUGUACCUGGAGGUUUCGGCAAGCGGGGCGUAGAAGGCAAGAUAGAGGCGUGCAAGUGGUGCAGAGUGAACGCUAAGCCCUUCCUGGGCAUUUGCCUGGGAUUCCAAACAGCUGUGAUAGAAUUCGCUAGGAACGUACUCAAAAUGGAGGGCGCCAAUUCCACUGAGGUCAAUGAGGAUACGAAAUAUCCUGUUGUGAUAGACAUGCCGGAGCACAAUACCGGUGAAAUGGGAGGGACGAUGCGGUUAGGGAAGAGGAGUACUAUAUUCAAACCGUCCGUUGUGCCUAGUAAAAUAAAUCGCUUAUACGGCAGCAAGGAAAAGAUCGACGAACGACACCGGCACCGAUACGAAGUCAACCCCGAAUAUAUCGAGGAAUUCGAAAAAUACGGCAUGAAGUUUGUCGGCGUGGACGUGGAUCAGCAGCGGAUGGAGAUCCUGGAGCUAGACAACCACCCGUACUACGUCGCGGUGCAGUUCCAUCCGGAGUACCUGUCCAGGCCGAUGAGCCCCUCGCCGCCGUUCAUGGGGUUGAUACUCGCCGCCAGGGAUAAGCUCAAGUCGUACCUUCACAAAGGGUGCAAGCUAUCGCCUAGGGAGCCGCAGUCGGAUUACUACGAUUCGGAUGAAGAGCUGCACGAACUGACAACAAAAAAACUAAACGUAGGCAGCAACGACCAUGACGAUAGCAGCAGUGCUUAUAGCAGCUCCAGUGUCUCCUAAGAAAUGUUUCUUUUAAGUGAUAUUUUUCGUUACGUUCCACAAAUGAGAGCGAUAUACUUCAGUGUCAAUGUUUCUUCCUUGUUUCAGUGUUACUUUUACAGUAUUUGACGAAUAAAGAUUUCUUUCAAGUGACUUCUUACUCUGGCUUUGAGAAAUAAAAC